GGAUAAGGGCGGAAUUGUAGUGGUUUCCGGAUUCCCUGGAUUGGCCUGUUGGGAAGAGAGAAAACAAGGAAGCUUAAGAAACGACGGAUUUUUGUGUUUAAUCAAGAAUUAAUUACAGCGGUAAAGAGCAUCAUGUCGCAGCCUGCAGAGAAAGGAAAGUUUCCUGACGCUGCCGGAUAUGUCGGUUUUGCCAACCUGCCCAAUCAGGUGCAUAGAAAGUCUGUGAAGAAGGGAUUCGAGUUCACUCUGAUGGUUGUAGGAGAGUCUGGUCUUGGGAAAUCAACGCUUAUCAACAGCUUGUUUCUGACUGACCUGUACCCAGAGCGCUAUAUACCUGGAGCAGCAGAGAAGAUCGAGCGCACGGUCCAGAUCGAAGCGUCCACUGUGGAAAUUGAGGAGAGGGGAGUCAAGCUCCGCCUGACCGUUGUGGACACACCGGGAUAUGGGGACGCCAUCAACAGCCAGGACUGCUUUAAGACCAUCAUACAGUAUAUUGAUAACCAGUUUGAGCGCUACCUCCACGAUGAGAGCGGUCUGAACCGCAGGCACAUCGUGGACAACAGAGUACACUGCUGUUUCUACUUCAUCUCACCGUUGGGACACGGUCUGAAGCCUCUGGACGUGGAGUUUAUGAAGGCCAUUCACAGUAAAGUCAACAUUGUUCCUGUGAUCGCCAAAGCCGACACGCUCACACUGAGAGAGAGAGAGCGUCUCAAGAGAAGGAUUCUAGAUGAGAUCAGCGAGCAGGGCAUCCGCAUCUAUCAGCUUCCCGAUGCCGAUUCGGACGAGGACGAAGAGUUCAAGGAGCAGACGCGUGUCCUGAAGGCCAGCAUCCCGUUCGCCGUGAUCGGCUCCAAUCAGCUGAUAGAGGUGAAGGGGAAGAAGAUCCGUGGACGUUUGUAUCCGUGGGGGGUGGUGGAGGUGGAAAACCCCGAACACAACGACUUCCUCAAACUGCGCACCAUGCUAGUAACUCACAUGCAGGACCUGCAGGAGGUCACUCAGGAUCUUCACUAUGAGAACUUCCGCUCAGAGAGACUAAAGCGGGCCGGAAGAGUGGCUGAAGAAGAGGUGAUGGACAAAGAUCAGAUUCUCUUGGAGAAAGAAGCUGAGCUGAGGCGCAUGCAGCAGAUGAUUGCGCAGAUGCAGGCGCAGAUGAAGAUGAAACCGGGUGAUGACUAAGAGUCUGCUUCCGUGUUUGUGCCUUUGUUUGUUUAUGUGUGUGUUUGUGGAACAGAAAGUGCCAUCUUACUAAAAACAACACUACACUCUCCAUUUUUUAACACUAUUUGCUCGUCUUUAAAAUUUGACAGAACAUAAUGUCAUUAAUGUCACUCGUGUACCUAACCUUUCGUGUACAACAUGAAUGACCUCUGCACUGUCUUUUAUGAUGUCAUAUUCUCGAACGUCCAAUCAGAUUAGACGCUGUUAAUAAUUUAAACCGUCUGUCGUCAAUCAUGGCUUCAAAGACAAUGUUUAAUGUCAUCUCCCUGGACAUUUAAAGGGCAGACUUUUAUUCUGUGCCAAAAUGUUUUAAGCUGCUUAUAUAUUUAUCAAACAAGCAUAUUUUUACCCUGUCAAUGCAUUUUAACAGAGAUGUUUUACUGUACAUAUCACAAGUUUAUAUCAGUAAUGCAUUCAGACCAUUUUUGAGUCUUAAUGUGUGUUCAGAUUGGCAUUUAGCACUACAUUCUUCAUGGAGAUACAGCAUCCGAAACUCAAGAAAUGUGCGAAUUUAAAACGAACCAGACGUUUACAUGCUCUCAGACUUUAAAUGAAAGUGUCAGGUUUGAAUCUGGAAGGUUUGAAGACUUAUAUUGUGCAGCGUUUCCCUCUAGUGGAGAGUAAAGGAACAGAACAAAAUACAACACAGAAUCUACAUUUUUCCAGAUAAAAGACACAAUUGGACAAUCUCGUGUUUGCAUAGUUUUGUUAUUAUACUGUAAUAUCAGAUCAAUUUGUCUUUAAAGGCUGAAAAUGAAAUAAUGAAUUGUUGUUGGACUUGGGAAGUGUUUAUGAAAGUUUGACUUUCUUAUUUCGAGAGUGUGGUACUUAAACAAUAUCGACUUUAAUCGGAGAUCACAGAAAUGCCUUCUAACUUCACAUCGUGCACACAUCACUAAUCUUUAUUCUUUUUAUACUUAUACGCUCAAGGUUCGGGGUUUUCUAUUGUUUUCUUUAUAUUUUAUUGCUCGUGUAUCACCUGCUUAUUUUAACAUCCACUGCAACGACAAACUAUUGUUGAUCUUUGUGUUUCUUGUUUAACCGUUGAUAAGUGUAACUCUAAAUAUCUUCUUUUGAAAACGGUACAAGAUUUAAAAAUAGUAAAACCCAAUCACUGCCCUCAUGUGUUUAUUUACAGUAUUGUAUUAUCUGCGCAUUUUAAAGCUCUACUGUAAACAUGCUGAUUUUGUUUGGUUGUAUAUGUGGUUCAGCCCAUUUGUUUUGACUCGCUUAUCUCCUGCACGAGCCUUUUUAAAAGAUUAACACCGUUUUCGUUGUGCGGUACAGUAGUGCACACAUACUUUUGUUAAUGUUACUUUUUGUACUUGCUCAUGUCGAGAAAUAAAUAUCUUUGAGUCACCGAUA